AUGGCACGGCCUGAUGCCCAGGUCGCUCGCCAGUCCGUCUUUCCAGUCAAAGCCAACUCGACCACCCACGAGGCUGUCCACCCCCAAAGCAAUACCGACCACGGUGCUCCUACCAAGCGAAAGCGCAAGCGUCGUGUUUCUGAUCCCGCCGAUGCUAUGAAGAUUGCAGCAAAGCGUCGUCGCGGGGUUACAUGUGCUACUACAGUGACUGAACAUCCUUACGCUCCCACUGCUCCAAGGGUGACUGAGCAUCACGGUGCUCCCACUACUCCUAAGGCAGCUCCCACUGCUCCUAAGGCAACUAGCCGUUCGUCUAAACCUACCAGUAAAGCCGUCAUUAAGCAAGACAUUCCAAACAUCCGAUACAUUCCCACUGGAAGUACCGAUUAUGACCUAGCGAUUAGGACCGAGGAUCCCCCCGCGUGGGCUCAAUGGGCUACUGAUCUACGCAAGGAGAUCCGUGCUCUUCGUCACCUUCCAGAUGUCGGCCCUUACACGCUUGGUAUUAUUGCAAUGAUGACCGAGGACGGAGUAUGGCCUAAGGACUCCAAAAUCGGUCUAGGUGGAGAGUAA